AUGGCCCAUCCCGUCCUGAAGACCACGAAGCAGUGGAAUGUCGUAGGUUAUGAUGGCCUCGAGUCCCUGAAAUAUUCAGAGCAGCCAGUACCUGAACUCGGCGAUACCGAAGUCUUAGUUAGGAUUCACGGGGCCUCUUUAAAUUUUCGAGAUAUCAUGGUCUCUCAGGGGAAGUUCCCUUGGGGUACCAAACCAAAUGUCAUUCCUGGCUCCGACGGAGCAGGAAUUGUCGUAGCUACCGGGAGGCACGUUAGUCGGUUCCAGCCAGGCGACAAGGUCAUUACCGCUCUCAACCCUCGGUUAAUUGCAGGAUCUUUCACCGAAGAGUUAUCAAAAGUUGGUCUCGGUGCCUCGGUGGACGGCACCCUACGCACUGCCGGAGUUUUCGACGAGCAAGGCCUUGUCAAGAUGCCCGAGGGCCUAACCUUUCCGGAGGCUGCGACGCUCAGCUGCGCGGGACUAACCGCUUGGAACGCGCUCUUCGGCCUAUCUGGGAAACCAGUCGCUGCCGGCCAGUGGGUUUUGACGCAGGGCACUGGUGGGGUGAGUAUCUUUGCCGUUCAGUUCGCUAAGCUGGUCGGUGCCAGGGUCAUUGCGACGACGAGCUCACGGGAGAAGGCGAAGCUUCUUGAGAAGUUGGGUGCCGACCAUAUCAUAAACUAUCGCGAGACCCCCGACUGGGCCUCCGCAGCCAGGGAGCUUACUGGAGGGUUUGGCGUUGACUAUGUUAUUGAUGUCGUAGGGCCAACUUCGCUGAAGCAGAGUGUUGCGGCUGUAAAACAUGACGGCGUAGUCUGCGUCUUGGGAGGUGUCGGCGGUGGUGACGGGACUGCAGAGAUGCCUGGCUUGCUGGAUUGCUGGAUGAAACUGUUUACGGCUCGUGGUCUAUGGCUCGGCACUCGGCUUCAGAUGGAAGAUAUGUGCCGCGCUAUCGAAGCUAACAUAGACAAGUUGCGCCCUAUCGUCGAUCACAAGAUCUUUACACUAGAACAAACGAAGGAAGCAUAUGAAUAUCUGGCCUCAGGGAAACACCAGGGGAAGGUUUGCAUUGAAAUUGCGUAA